AUGAUUCCUGUUCGCGGCCUUGCGUUGCUCGCCCUUUCGUUCUUCGCCCGUUCUGCCAUCGGCGCUGUGUUCCAAGAUCCCUCUGAACUGCGGGGAACUCAGUACGAUUUCAUCGUUAUAGGCGCGGGUACUGCUGGGAACGUCAUUGCAUCUCGUCUGUCGGAAAACCCAGCUUGGAAGGUCUUGGUCAUUGAAGCUGGUAGAAGCAAUGAAGGCUACGAUUCCGACUUGAUCAAAAUUCCUUUCAUGGGCCCCUUGGCGUCCCCUAACACGUCGUUCGACUGGAACUACACUACGACUGCUCAAAGCGCGUUGAACAACCAAGUGCUGACUUAUCCUCGCGGAUACGUUCUUGGAGGGAGUAGUUCGACGAAUUACAUGGUGUACACUCGUUGUGCAUCCGACGGCUAUGAUCAAUUCGCGGAGAUCGCAGGCGACGAUGGCUGGACUUGGGACAACCUAUUCCCAUAUAUUAUCAAGAAUGAACAUCAUGUCCCACCGAAUGAUGGGCAUAACGAGACCGGCCAGUUUACUCCCAACUUACACGGUUACGAAGGUCCCUUGUUUACUAGUCUUCCCGGAUUCCUCACUGAAAUUGAUGACCGAGUGCUCGCGACGACGCAGGAGCUUGCAGAGUUCCCGUUUAAUGAGGACUUCAAUUCCGGCAAUCCUCUCGGCGUUUCGUGGAUGCAGUCUACUAUCAAGGGCCCUCUUCGUAGCAGCUCGGCGACUGCUUUCCUCACCCCAGCGCUCGAUUCCCGCAACAACAUCGAUCUAUUGUAUCAGACUCAGGUCACGAAAUUGUUCCAAACUGGUACGGAGCACGGUCUACCUGUGUUCCGUGGUGUAGAGUUUGCAAGAAGCUCGUCAGCACCCCGGUUCAACCUUACUGCAUCGAAGGAGAUUGUCCUCAGUGCUGGUGCCGUUGGCACACCACAGAUUCUCAUGCUCUCCGGCAUCGGAGAACCAAGUGAACUGAGAAGUGUUGGCAUUCACCCUAUCGUCAACCUCCCCGAAGUUGGCAAGAACCUUCAAGACCAUCCCAUCGUCCCACUGCAGUGGUCAGUGAACAGCAACAACACCAUGGACCCCAUCCUUCGAGGAGAGCAACCUGCAUUUGACGAUGCCAUGAAUGAGUAUACCACCCAAGGCUCAGGUCGCAUCGCAGCCAACGGAGUCUCCAACCACAUGGCGUAUUUCCGACUUCCUGAGAACUCUUCGGUCCUUGCGACUUACGGUGAUCCUACUCCUGGACCAAGGACCCCUCAUUUUGAGCAAGCCUAUGGUAAUGGCUUCUUCACAACGUCCCAACAGAUUCCAACUUCUGGAACGUACUUGACUAUCAUCAAUGUAGUAGUCUCGCCAACAUCUCGUGGCACCAUAACUUUGGCAUCGUCUGACCCCUUCGCUCACCCAAUAAUUGACCCCCAACUUCUCGCCACUGACUUCGAUAUGGCCGUGAUGGUAGAGGCCAUCAAAUCAUCCCAACGCUUCACUGCCGCCCAUGCUUGGGACGGGUACGUCACAGGCAUCUACACAGACGCUGCGAACACCACUACGGACGCCGGGAUCGUCGAAUAUGUCCGCCAAUGGGCCACAACCAUCAAGCACCCAUUCUCCACUGCCGCAGCAAAUGCUGAUCCGAACAAGGGUGUUGUCGAUGGAAAGUUGCUACUCAAAAAGGCGCGCGGUGUUCGGAUUGUUGACGGCUCUGUCUUUCCUAUUAUCCCAGGAGGGCACACUCAAACUCCCGUGUAUAUUAUUGCUGAGAGGGCUUCGGACAUAAUCAAGGCGGCAUGGCCUUGA